GCACCUGUAUAGCGCCACUGCUAUAAAUUAAGUCCCAAAAGCCAGUCUGAUAAGUAUCCUUGUAAUUUAACCUUAAUUAAUGCCCCCUGCAGUCUAGCGCGACUUGUUGCGUGUCUGUCAAUGGCGCACUAGUUUGUCCUUGUAAGCUUGCCGUACUUUCACAUGACUUCCACUACUUGUGGCUGUCCUACAUUCCUCAUAUUAGAUUAUAAACGGUGAUAAAAAACUCACAGUUGUAGCCUAAUAGGCCCAGCUGUUGAUGCUAAGUGUAGCGGGCAGCUGGCAUUUUGUUUGUUUGUGGCGUAGGAUUUGAAAUAAAUGUCCCGGAGUCGCAGCUGAAACACUCCCCUUUACUUUUUUUUUUUUUUUUUUUUGGACAAAACUCGCAUCUACAGCUUGUUGGACUAGAAAUACACGGAUACCAGAAGACUGAUGAGUGAGAAACGUAUCGAUUUGUCUGGACUUUGCGUCAGUGAUGGCUGAGCUAAUGUCGCCAGACUCAAGAAGGUGUACUUAUUUCUUCCUCUAUGAUGAAUCCAAGGUCAGAGGAGAGGGUGACCCCACAAGAGAAGGAAUAUGCUACUUCUAUCCUGAAGAGACCCCUGUAGAUAAGCAGGAGCUGCUGUGUGGACAGCUUGCUGGCGUGGUCCAGUGUGUCUCUGAGCUUUCCUCUUCGCCUGUAUGUUCACUGAGGCUACACCGCAAUACAUUUGCCAUCCGUAUGAGAGAUAACUUCUUUUGGGCUCUGGGCUGCUCUGUGGAAGUCCCAACCAUCAGCAUCUGUGAGCUUCUGGAUCAGCUAAUAAACCUUUUUUGUUUCUACAAUGGCUCUGUCCGACAGAGCUACCAGCUUAACAGUCGGGAAUCUUUGGCUGCUCGAUGGGCGCAGUACCUCUCCCACUUGCGGUCAGGCUCCUCCGAGCUUCAGCACAUCUUCAGCUGCUUGAGGACCAUUGACUCAGCUAAAGUUGACCCACUUCUGCUGCUCAAAGCUGCUCUCAUACUUCAGACCUGUCAGCGCUGCCCUCCCGUGUUAGCAGGCUGUAUUCUUUUCAGAGGAAGGGUUGUAAGCACACAAAUGUCUCCAAAGCUCACAAUGAAGGUCAUGGUGCAUGAGAGUGAAACAUACACCAAGGCUCAGAGGCCCAAUGGACCAAGCACCUCCAGCUCAUUUGGCAGCACCGUCAGCUCCACUGCAGUGUUCCUGACUAUGUCUGAACUCCAGUACCUGCAGUCUGUUCCGGUCGACAAAGAUUUCAGUUCCCACUCUACUCCACACAACGACGCUUCCCCAAAGAAGACCCGUCUGUCACGAACCUUAUCUGACAUGGCUUUCACAGUGUCAGAUUCCUUUGAUCCGAAUUCCUCCUGGCCACCCCAGAAAGUCUCCUUCAGCUCUUGCUUGUCAGAAUCAGAUAACCUCAUGUUUAGCCCAGUUCCAUCACAGACCACCAUUGCCACACCACACCCCCCACCACAGCGCCUCAAGCCUCCUUCUUCAAAUGGAAAACGCUCAGAUGAAGCUGAGGAGGAAUCACAUUAUUACAGCUUUCACAGCGAAGGAGGUGGGGACAGUUGGAUACACAGCGAAGGAGAUGGCUCAGUGUUUGAAGAAAACUCCCACAUUAGUGGGGAUGGAGGAGAUGGAGACGCGGCUUGUGACAGAGUGUUUCGCUUCAGAGGAGUUGAGUCUGGGAAUGAGGAAUCACAUGAUGCUCACAUGGUGGUGAGAGAUAGAGUUGGCAGUGAGGGCGCACAAGGACACAAGCCAGAGCAAGAGCCUCCUCCUCACUCUGGUGCUUUUGACGGCCCAGAGGAGAGUACACUGAUCCCCAUGACGCUGUACCUGCACCGGGUUAAAGGCUUGGUACUGGCUCUGCUGGUGGAGCCUCACUUUUUGAGUGACACAGCUUCUACAGAGGAAGUGUAUUACAGCAGCCUGGCGUCUCUGAAUGGACUGGAGGCCCAUCUGAGGGCCAUCUUUCCAGGGGCCCCAGACAGUCCAGAUUUCUACAUCUUUGCCCAUUUUGACUGCAUUCAGAGCACACUGACAACCAACCUGUCUGGCCGACCACGGGGAGCCCCAGAGCAUCCUUUUGUCCGAGCCACAUCACUUCUUCACUUGCAUUUCUGUAACACUGAAACUCUGCAGGAGGCUAUUAUCAGGAGUGCCAGUUCUGCUGUGUAUGGAACCAGAAGCGUGGCCCAGGAGACUUACUUCCAGGUGCAUGGAGGAUCACUGAGGAACUCAGGCAUCCCAUACUACCAGGAUAGUGCUUUCUCACUGCCCACCAAGGCCCGACACAAGCUACUGAAACACGGAGUCCACCUGUUCUGACAAAAUAGCACUGUUAUGUUAAAGAGAAGAACUGUCCUGUAAGUAAACUUAGUCAACUAAGAAAAUUUGCAGAUACAGUUUAAAGCUUACUCUGUUUUUUUAGGUGCUGAUGUUACAAACUUUAAAAUUUGUAUCAAAAUGCUGAAUUUACUGGAGAACGGUUGGCAAAGGUUGAAUCAAUUAUAUUUACAAUGAGCUGUAUUCACAGCUUUAGUUUUCUCCAUUGUUUGAGCACAAAUUGUUCAAAAUGUUAACUUUUAUAUCUUAUAUUAGUUUGGUCAUGUUAAGCUGCUGUUCACACAUUUUACAGCAUUUUCACCUCAGUUGUUUCUGUUAAGUCACAUCAUUGCAGCAAAUGUUUCAUUUAAUAGAAAAUUGACUAAAGCAACAUUAAAUAAUUAUAUUUAACUUAGUGUAUUUGUACAGUAUCAUGCUUGUUGUCACAGCACUUACUGUAAUGGCUUAAUGGUACACGUUUCUAAAAACUUUAAUAAAAACAAUUUCAGUUUAUUUCAAAUCGACUUUUUGGUAGCCAAAAAGUGCUGUUUUAGUGUAGUUCCCUUGAAAGUGUCAUUUGUUAAAAGGUUUUCUGUGUUGGAUCCUUUGCUGAACAGAUUCACUGUGGUAUAUUGUACUGCAUCAUCAGUGGAAAUUAAAUCAACACAUGAUCCU